UCAUUUAAUGGUUUUUUUCAGUCUCACUUGGCAUUAUACUGCUUCGCAAACGGACAAGUUAGCACAGCCCUGAAGCUGUUGUAUCGCGCGCGUUACCUCGCCUUGCUGAUCUGCGGUGAAAACCAUCCGGAGAUGGCGCUCCUGGAUAGCAACAUAGCGCUGAUCCUGCACGCGGUGGGCGAGUACGAGCUGUCGCUGCGGUUCGCGGAGCGCGCGCUGGCGGUGACGAGCGCGACGCACGGCGCCCGCUCGCUGAAGGCGGCCGUCGCGCGCCACCUGCUCGCGCGCACGCUCUCCUGCCUCGCCGACUUCCGCGCGGCGCUCGCGCACGAGAAGGAGACCUACACCAUAUACAAGACGCUCCUGGGCGAGAAACACGAGAAGACCCGCGAGUCGUCCGAGUGUCUGCGCCACCUCACGCAGCAGGCUGUGGUGGUGCAGAAGCGGCUGGCGGAGGCCUACGGCAAGCCGCCCGCGCUCGCGCCGCACCCGCCCAUACACAUCCAGCCGCCGGCCAUGGCCUCCGUCAUCGACAUGCUCAAUCUGAUCAAUGGGAUACUGUUUGUGCAGAUUAGCCCUCAAGACAUAGAGCAGUUCAAAGCGGAAAUAGAGAAAAGACAGUUGAAGGACUUGCCGAUACCGAGCGUGCUGAAAGAGCUCGGCGACAAGAGCGAAGCCGACGCGCAGCCCAAAGGUGCGGACAGUUGAAUGUAGCGGGUAGACUGCGUAGCCAUAGUUCGGGACAACCCGUUAUUUUGUAUUGUUUAUGGGCUCGGCGGUUGUGCAUUGCACUCGCUUGUCUAUGGCUGAAUGAGUGACUGAUUUGUAAAUGAUCGACGAGAUGUUAAUGUAUUGGGUUUCUGUUCGCACAAAUGGAAAUGCAAUAGUAAAAAUUUUAUGUAGUCAUCUUAUGAAACAAAAUCAAAAAGCCGUUAGUUUACGUAAAAUGUAUUAAAUUGGAAAUAAGUGCUUGUUUGGUACAAAAGCAAGGGCGGAUCCAGGGGGUGAUUCAUGUGGGAGAUAACCCCUCUCCCGGGGCUGAAAAUGUUUAUGUAUUGUGAAUAUACUUGAUUGUGUCAUUUAAAUAAAUGCAAUAAUUAUCAAAAUUUAUUUAAGAAAAUGCUAUUCAUUAUCUAUUAUCAAAAAAAUUAAUAAUAACUUCUUGUGGCUUGAUCACGACUAUGUGACUCCUCCUGGUGCUAUAGCUGGAUUCGCCCUUGAACAAACACUACAUCAAAGAAAAGAAAGUUAUGGUAUUGCGAAUUAUUAUGUCUGUUUACAAAUUUGCUCACUAAUUUAGUCAUAGAAUAUAGUUACCAAUAUUGUUAGUGGUUACUAGUGUAACUUUAAUGCAAAUCUUAUUCGAUUAAUUUGAAUGGAUCCUACGAUCUAUAAUAUGAUAUGAUAAUGCCGUUGAUGGAAUUUGAAACAUGUAUCUUAUUUAGGUCAGAGGUGUACCGAAUAUAGCAGUAUGAUUGGCUAAAAUUUGUAAUACCUCCUGUAAACUUUAAAAUUCAAAGGUAUAUGUAUUUUCUGAAAUAUAUGUAUAAUUUUUAAAACUAGGUAUUUUCUAUAAAGUCGUCCAAAGCCAGUUGAAUUCAAUGCAUAACAUUCGAGCCCCUUAAUUUUAUCGAUUGAUGAUAUUGUUCCUUAUUAUCUAUGAAUGUAUGCUGUAGUGAAUAGUGUGCUAAGGUUUGAUGUAGAUUUUUUUUUUGUUAGACAAAUUUUGAGAUAAUUAUUUUGAUCAAAUAUAAUUAAGUGUUAUUUUAUAAAUUCUCGCAAUGCGCAAUAGUGUCCAUGCAUGAGCGUUAUAUUUGGUUCGAUCAGCUGUAAUCGUGGAUUUAGUUCGACGCCUCCUUGCAAUCACAGUCGCCCACAGUAGUGCAAUUUUAUGUAGUGAUAAUAGUAGUAAGUUUUGGUUGUGAUCCCGAGAGUGCGCGUCGCUGUAAUGCUACUGGUGCUACUGCCAAUUUAUCAAAUAUCAAUUAUUAUACGAUGAUUUAUCAAUUGUUAUCGACGAGCAAUAAUUGUCUAAUUCAAUUAUGGGUAAAGGUAUAUUGUUGGAGUACCGAUAGUUGGUAGAGGAUUGAAUAUAUUGUCAUUGAAAUGUAACAGGUCUUGGAAACGGGUACCCUCGAAUAUUAUAUGGAAGUUUUGUUGCUACAGAUAAGCAAGAGUACUUGUGAUACAGCGCCGAUUGAAUACUGCCUUAAAAAUUCGUCUUAGUUUUCUCAUUUUAGCGUAGUUAGUGCCAUAUGUGUAGUGAAAGUAAGUUUUUUUAUUAAUAUUUCUGUUAGACUGUGAUAUGGUGUCGAAUCAUCGAGUGACUUGCCUUGUCGAAGCAAUGGAGCUUUUGCCUAUCAAAUUACGCUUUACUAUGAUUAUGAAAUUUUAAUGCAAUAUCAAAUCCAAUUUUAGCUAACUGUAAAAAAUAACAAAAUGUUUUUAUUCUCCAAAUUAUUCAUAUACCCAUAUAUUAUGGUUAUCGUAUUUCUCGAGAUAUGGAUGUAUGCACUUAGUAUGUGAAUGUAUUUUAAUAAAAAUCGUAUAGAACGAUGAUACCCUGUAUACAAUAAUGUAUUUUCGUAUGUUACAUUUUCCACCUCAUGCGAAAUAAAUGUUUAAAAUUUAGAGCACAAAAACUUGCAAUAAUUUAUGUAUGGUGUUUGAAUAUUUCCUUUGAAAGUUUAUUUCCGUCUGGUUACGUUUUUAUGCUUUAUUAUAUUUGGAAUACAAGCCUAUGUACUAUUUUAAUUUAUUUUUGUAUAAAUUAUGAGACUCUGCCAACUAACUUUAAAUCAUACUAUGAAGCGUCUCAUUACAAUUGUUUAAUUCUCAUCGAAUGCAGAAUGUAAGUUUUGGAUCACAAUUGUAAGGUACAGGUGACGGUACAUUGCCUAGGUUCUAGAACCGAAUUAUAGCGAUGCGCAUCGCUUACUGGUGCAAUAUGUAAGUUUGUAUUGGUGUUCACAAUCCUAUGGUAAUUUAACCUUGUUCCGAAGAUAGAUGUUAUAUAAUAUAAGGUGUUGGUCGAUACGAUACGUGCCUAAACUUACAAUAAUGAUGUUGUUGUUGUUACAUUUCUUUAACAAUAUAACGAUCAUGUAAAUACGACGCUGUU